UGGGCCAUCGGCGAGCGAGGGGGCACUACACGCUAAGCUUUUCCCUCCUAGUCCCACACUCCCAAUUUAUUUUCCCGAGAGAGAAAAACAGCAGACGAAAAUGACGGAAAACGACGAAAACGACAAGAAAAUGCAACGAUCUAAUCCUACGAAGCUCAAACUCGUAACCUUCACCGGAGCGGCCGGGCUGCUCGGACUCGCCGUCAGUUUCGCCAUCUUCGCUUUCAACUCUCACAAGCAAAAAUCCAAGAAGAAAGGUCUUCCUGGGUGUGAUACUGUUUGUGUUAAUCUAUCUGCGAAGGAGAUUCUCGAUUUGGCUGACGAGAUAAUCUCCAUCUCCACGAGAGUUCAUGAUGCUGUUGCCUUGGUUCCUCUUAACAAGCUAUCUUAUGAGAAUGUUGUGUUGCCACUGGCGGAGCUUGAAGCGAGGCAGCUUCCUCUUAUACAAUCCUGUGUGAUUCCUAAGAUGUUAUCUCCACACGAUAACGUUCGUAAAGCUAGCGCUGAAGCAGAGCUGAAGAUAGACGCUCAUCUUCUCUCCUGCAGAAAACGUGAAGAUGUUUACCGUGUUAUCAGAAUUUAUGCUGCGAAGGGAGAAUCAAUUUCUCCCGAAGCUAAACGCUACCUACAGUGUCUGGUUAGAGACUUCGAGCACAAUGGUCUGCACCUUACUGCAACAAAAAGAGAGGAAGUGGAUAGACUGAGAAAUGAAAUUGAUGAGCUAAGCUUGCGUUACGUUCAGAACUUAAAUGAAGAUAGUUCUUGUCUCUUUUUUACCGAGUCUGAGCUUGCUGGUCUGCCUCUGGAAUUCCUUCAGAGUUUGGAUAAAACUCAAAAUAAUGAAUUCAAGCUCACCUUGGAAAGUAAUCACGUGGCAGCUAUCCUAGAGUUGUGCAAGAUAGCCAAGACAAGGAAGACAGUGGCUAUGGCAUAUGGAAAGAGAUGUGGAGAUGCCAAUAUUCCGGUGUUACAAAAACUGGUUCAGUCGCGCCAUAGAUUAGCCCGCUUACUUGGUUAUGCACACUUUGCAGAUUAUGCUCUCGAUCAUAGGAUGUCAAAGACAUCAACAAGGGUGAUCAGGUUCCUGGAGGACAUCUCUUCCACUUUAACUGAUUUGGCUAGUAGAGAGUUGUCCUUUUUGAAAGACUUGAAGAGGAAAGAAGAAGGGGAGCUUCCGUUUGGUGUAGAAGAUCUUUUAUAUUAUAUAAAGAGAGUAGAGGAGUUGCAAUUUGAUCUUGAUUUUGGAGAUAUCCGACAAUAUUUUCCUGUCAGUUUGGUCCUUCCCGGGAUUUUUAAAAUAUGUCAGGACCUUUUUGGAAUAAAGAUUGAAGAGGUUACAGAAAUUGAUGUCUGGUAUUAUGAUGUUCGAGCAUUUGCCGUCUUUGACUCCGGAUCUGGAAAGCUUUUGGGAUAUUUCUAUCUUGACAUGUUUUCAAGGGAAGGGAAAUUUAGCCAAAGCUGUGUGGUGGCUCUUCAGAACAAUGCACUGUUCUCCAAUGGUGCAUGUCAGAUUCCUGUGGCAUUGCUUAUUGCACAGUUUGCAAAAGCUGGGGGUGAAGCUCUGCCUUUGGGGUUCUCUGAGGUGGUUAAUCUUUUUCAUGAGUUUGGCCAUGUGGUCCAACACAUCUGCAAUCGUGCUUCAUUUGCUAGAUUCUCGGGCCUACGUGUUGACCCUGACUUUCGAGAGAUACCUUCUCAAUUACUGGAAAACUGGUGUUACGAGAGUUUCACCUUGAAGUUAAUAUCAGGUUAUCGUCAGGAUAUCACCAAGCCACUUGUGGACGAAGUCUGCAAAACACUCAAACGUUGGCGAUAUUCUUUCUCUGCACUCAAGUCGCUUCAGGAGAUUCUAUACUGUCUAUUCGAUCAGAAAAUAUAUUCGGAUGAUGAUGUGGACUUUCACCAACUAAUCAGGAGUCUUCAUCCAAAGGUAAUGUUAGGGCUACCAGUAGUGGAAGGAACAAACCCUGCUUCAUGUUUCACACGUGCUGUAAUCGGCUCUGAAGCAACAUGUUACAGCCGUUUAUGGAGUGAGGUUUAUGCUGCUGAUAUAUUUGCUUCACAAUUUGGAGAUGGGCAUCCGAAUUUGUAUAAUGGCUUGCAGUUCAGAGACAAAGUGUUGGCCCCGGGAGGAGGCAAAGAGGCCAUGGAACUUCUUACAAGUUUUCUUGGAAGGGAACCAUCAACAGAAGCUUACAUUGAGAGCCGGUCAAAGUAUAGUUUGUGAUAUCUGCGCAGUGCGCACCUUUAGAGGAUCCCUUAGUGAAUCCACUAGCGAAGCUCAACUUUUUUUUAAUGCUGUCGGAAACAUCGUGUAUUGAUGUUUGGUAAUGAGUUGAGAGGACUGAAUGUUGAUGAUUAAGCUAAAGACAAUUUUCAUUUUA